AUGAGCGACCAGCCGGGUGGAUUCACCGGUGAGGGCGCUAUGGAAGGGCUAGAAAGAACGCCUGGCCAGAUUCUCGCAGGGGAAAGAGGCAGAAAGGAGACCAAGGAGAAGGAUUUGGAAUUGGUAUCUGAUGAUGAGGACUCCAACAGGGAAGAUGAAGAAGAGAAAGACUACCCGGUAAUCCGUCUGACGAAAGAAGAAAAGGCUCAACUGAGGGAACUAUGGAAGCAGACCCUCAUUGUGAAAGUUCUGGGCAAAAAAGUUGGCUUCACAUACCAGCAGAAGUGGCUGAACAUCAUGUGGCGACCGAAAGCCAGAAUUGAAUUGGUCACCCUUGAGAACGACUAUUUCCUGGUUAAGUUCUUAGCAAUUGAUGACUAUGAAUUUGCAAAGUUCAGGGGACCAUGGAUGGUGCUCAACCACAAUCUCAUUGUGAAGGAAUGGAUGCCAAACUUCGACCCAUUCACUGACUCCACAGAGAAAGUUAUUGUGUGGGUUCGGUUCCCCUGCUUGCUAGUGGAGUACUACGAUUACAAAUUCCUAAUGAAAGUGGCAGGAAAGAUCGGCAUGCCAAUAACCAUAGACACAGCUACAAGCCUGGUGUCACGGGCAAGGUUCGCCAGGGUUUGUGUUGAUGUUGACAUAACCAAGCCUCUUUUGUCUAAGUUUAAACUUCGCAGACGUGUCAGAUGUAUCUGGUAUGAAGAACUGCACAUGAUUUGCUUUCACUGCGGAAUGUAUGGGUACAAUGAGAGCGCUUGUGGCCAGACAAAGACGGCAGUCCCUGGUGAUACGGACACCAGUGGUGAUGGAACUUCGAAGCUUAUUGUGAGGGAUGAAACGCCUAAUGGGAAUAUAGGGGCCAUGCAGGAGAGAAAAUCUUAUUCGCAUACAAAGGAUCUUAUACGCCCAGAGGUUGUGGACAAUUAUGGAGCAUGGAUGAUUGUCUCUCGGGAGAGAAGACGACCAAACAGAGCCACCGAUAAGAGGGACCAAAGGGUGAACAAGACUGGAAAACCCCCAGCAAAAAAUAAGCUAAACGAGGAAAUGAUGGGAUCGGGAUCCCGGUUCAAAGCGUUGGAUGAAGAGGUUGUAGAAGGGCAUGAUGUAACUGGAGAAAGAUUAGUGAUGAACCAAGAAGAGACCAACCAGAACAGAACAAACGUCAACAGUGGGUAUUCAAAAGGAAACAAUGGUAACAAAGGAAACAAGGGAAAGCGGCCAGCCGUACAGGCCAAUGAGAAACAAAUAUCCGGGAAUAACCUGCAUGGGAGACAUAAAGUUCAGAGUGCACAAUCCGAGGCGGGAACCAGUGGGGGUGAAAGAAGGGAAAUGAUUAGAAACAAGGGCAGCGGCUAG